AUGGAGGACUCCUCGCCCUUGGCGGCUAUCCACCGCCCUCGGAUGCCGGAACCCUGGACCAAGCGGGAUCCCUUCGUCACGAUACCCCGUGCCGGAGCCUCAACAGGGUUUGGCCUACGAGAGCAAAUGCACAAACCGGGCUUCAUCCUCAUGAAGAGCGCGCGCAACGCCUCCCCGGCGACGAGUCUCGCGGCCGACUUGUCCAUGAGCUUCAGUUUGGACAAUGCGAGCCCACGAUUCGUGACACCGCGACGAAACCUGUUUCCCGCUGCCCUCGCAGUCCCUGCCGAUGCUGGCCAUGAAUUUAUCAUGGGGGCCGGCCUACAGUCGUCAUCUCCCUUGACAAUGGAAGAGAUGAUGGAAGACUCGCCCCUGCCCAAGUCCAUGGCGUACCAUCCUGAUGUGCCCGACAGCAUGGCUAGCACCCCGGCCCAGAGCGACACGAUUGAUGAUAACGUUUCCAACGACACCGAUAAUAACGACGCGAAUGAUGAUUAUGACGAGAUGAUGAUGGAUUCACCGCUUCCUGUUUCUCGCAAGUCAUCUUUUGAUGGCCCCAAAUUUCCCAACCUCGAGCGACGCGCCCCUCGGCGGCCCUCCAUCACGCGACUAAAAGGAUACACGACCUCGACCGUCCAUUGUCGCUCCUCGAAAGCGGAGCUCCCUUAUUUUAGAUUUGGCGAAGCGUCUCGACUGAAUCAUGCGAGCUCCGCUUCCUCCUUGAGCGACUCUUAUGAAAGCCAGUCCUCGCAUGAGAAACGUCCCCAAUCUGCCAACAGCUCCGGGCCUGGUGUCCCUCCUCAUCCUCGCUGCAGGCCUUCCAUACAACCCUUCACCGCCGAAGACCGAUGCCACUCCCUCCCCGUCUCCAAACCGCUGGAGGCCGUCAUGGAUAUCGAAGAGCCCCACGAGCCCGGACUCCCGCAUUUCUUUAACGAAGACCCGGGCGACUCUAUCCCUCGUAUUACCAAGGAGACGCUUCUCGACGUCCUGGACGGAAAGUUUAGCGCUCAAUUUGCGCAGAAGCUCAUCAUCGACUGCCGAUUCGAGUACGAAUAUGAUGGAGGCCACAUUGAAGGGGCUGUCAACUACAAUGAUAAGGAGCUCCUCUCGAACCAUUUGUUCAAUACUCCCAUGGAAGGUAAAACACUCAUCAUCUUCCAUUGCGAAUACUCUGCCCACCGUGCACCGCGGAUGGCGCGCCACAUCCGAUCUCAGGAUCGUAAUGUCAACGCGGAACACUAUCCUCGCUUGACGUAUCCUGAGGUCUACAUCCUCGCUGGGGGCUAUAGCGAGUUCUUCCUCUCACACCAGGCCCGCUGCUACCCUCAGAACUACGUCGAGAUGGAUGAUGCGAAGCACCAGCGGACGUGCGAGAAGGAGCUUGGCCGUUUGAGGGCCCGUAAGCAACCGAUCCUAGGUAGAGCUAAGACGUUUGCCUUCGAAUCGAACACCGCCGCUGGCUCCUCGCCAUUCACCAAGCAUAGGAGCUUGGAUGACUUUUCCCUCGGCUCGCCGUCCCACGAUGCUUCCUCUCGGGGUAGAAUUGUCACGCUGUGA